ACAUCAUAUGUGGCAACUGUUAGCCACAGCGAGGACUCCGUUGAUUGUGCUGAGUUAAGCAAAUUUUACUGUCUCUUCGGCCUCGUUCGAAAUUCGAUUUUAGCAAAAAUUUUUGCAGAUUACUGUGAAGAGGAUGCACUCGGAGCAACACACAAAUCGAAAAGAAUGCGAACCAGUUUUAAGCACCACCAACUGAGGACAAUGAAAAGUUAUUUCAAUCUGAAUCAUAAUCCGGAUGCAAAGGAUCUCAAGCAGCUAGCACAAAGAACUGGACUCACGAAGAGGGUCUUACAGGUUUGGUUUCAAAACGCACGAGCAAAAUUCCGGCGCAACAGUAUGCGGCACCGAGAAGCAUCGAGCAGUUCACCUCACGGACCGCAUCUCGUAAGCACCCGAUGUGAUAAACCGGUAAACUCAGUCAUUCUUGAGUCCACUUUCUAUAAGACUGCCGCACUUGGCCUUGGUGUGACGUGCAACUCAGUGGGUGGCUCAGUUGAGGAUUCGAUAAUAUCGGUGAGUCCAGAGGAAGGCAGCCAGCGAGAAGAACAGUCCUGCAGCCCAGUGGAAGACGAUGAACUGAACCCCGGAAAAAUCGAAAACGAAUCUGGCCACUGCAAUAAUUCACCGGUGAAAUCACUAGCAGACUAUUUUGAAACAGAUCAUACACUACUAUAA